CGCUAACCACAGACACAGCUGAUAAUACGAGUCCAGAAAAUAGGAUAAUAGCGACGAGACGAUAUUGAAUAAUAUAAAUAAAGCCCAACGCAGAGGAAACCACGACCGAAAAAACGCUGGACAGGAACUGGAAAAGCUAGGGCAGCGCAACUGCAACCAAACCCACACACGAUGUACACAUAUUUACCGCUGCGGCUCGUCCUGAGGCUGAUACCAGCUCUGUUCGUGCUGCUCGGCGCCCGAGUCAGUGGCAACAACCAGCAAAUGCAAAUGCAGCUGGAGCCCAGCAGUGAAAAAGUGCUGGAGGGCCUGCAGGAGAGCUUUAUCAGUCUCCCGGAGCCGCACACGCGUGACCACAGCGAAAUGCUGGGCGACCUGCGGAUCGUGCCGCCCCACCUUGACUUUGGAACAUGGUCUGUGGGGCAGGCGCGCACGAAGCAAGUGACGCUGUUCAACCAGCACACGAAUCGCACGCUCCAACUGAACUCUGUGGUGGGUCCGAGUCCGGCCUUCUACAGCAGUUUCUUUGGAACGCGCGAGGUGCCGCCGCUGGGCAACACGACAUUCAGUGUGGUCUUUCUUCCGCGUCAGCUGGGUGCCAUAUCAACGGAUCUUCUCAUACACACCUCCUUCGGUCGUGCGGAGAUGACGGUGCGCGGCGAGGGUAGCGAGUGUCCGUAUCGCCUCAAGCCGCUGGUGGGCAUUAAGGCGCCCAUCAAUGCAACGCUUACUCCAGAGAUUCACAUGUACAAUCCGCACGAGCGUCCGCUGCAGAUACUCGAGAUUUACAGCAGUGGCGGGGAGUUCCAGUUGGAGCUGCCCAGCGGUGGCUCCGAGGGACCACAGAAUCUCUGGGAGAUACCGCCGCACACGCUGAAGCCAGUCAUAAGGAUCUCCUUCCAUGGCCGCACCGCCGGCAACCACAGCGCCUACAUACGCAUCAAGAUAUCCGAACUGGAGGAGCUCGAGGAGAGCAUACUGGUGAUACCCGUGGAGUUCGAGAUCCUGCCCAAGCACACACCCUACGCACGCAACCCGCUGGCGGACUUUGGUCGCGUGGCCACCCACAAUGCGGAGGCCAUGGAGUUCAAGCUGGACAUGCACGACCACAACGAGCACAGCAGCGAGCUUUUCGGCAGCUAUCUGCGGAAUAUUCCGGGCCUCUUCUUCGAUCCCAACAGCACGAGCAUCGUGCUCGAUCCCAAGCUGUUCGAGAGCAGCGAAACGAUCAACGACCUGCUGGUGAUCAGCAGCAAGAGCUCCAGCUCCAGCCCGGACCCAGUGCAACCUUUCACGGUUCUGGUCCGAGCAGAGAUCUUCAAGGGCGGCCUCUCCUUCGAUGGGAAUGUCACCAAAUUUCUAACCGGCGGCUCCACCGCCGAUGGCUCGGAGGCAGCCUCACCGCUGGAGCGGAAACGCUCGCUGGUGGUGCGCAACAACUUUGCCAUGCCCCUCAUCCUCUACAAUGUGAGCCUGAGCGAGCCGAUAGACGAGUCGCUGCUGGAGGUGACCAUGAUGGGUGAUGCGCUGCAAGUGCUGCUGCAGCCAGGCGACUCUGUGGAGCUGCUAAAGCUCAAUCUGCUCAACGAUGAGGUGAUGUUCAAGUCCUCCCUACGGAUCGACACGAAUGUCACCACCUUCGAGAUGCCAGUGGUCUCGUGCAGCGGCCGUCUGCACGUCUCCGCGCAGCCAUUUGUGUUGCGGAUACCACAGAAGAAGCGCGAGCGAGAGCUGCAGCCGGAAGUGCCCAGCCUGGAGCUGGAUCUGGGCACUGUGCCAUAUGCCCAGAUGUCGCGCGAUGGCUAUGUCAUCCUGCGCAACGACAAUCCCAUGCCCAUUAAGAUCACAAAUUGGUUCUUCAAGGAGCCCAAAACCGUCUACUCGACCAGCUCCUUCUUUGGCUGCCUGCUCGCGGAGGACAUUGAGAACUCGCAGGAUGACUUGAACGAGGCCACGCGGCUGCACAUCUGCCGGUACUUGGGCCAGGGCGACAGCGCCGUCUUCCAGGUGGCCGUCAAGACCUACAUCGAUGGUCCCGCCGAGGGCACCCUCAAGGUGUGGACACCCUACGAGGUGGUGCGGGUGCCCGUCAAGUUCAAGGCCUCCAUGGGACAGCUGGACAUCGACCAAGAGCAGCUGAGCUUCAAGAACUGCUUCCCCGGCAAGAUCUGCACCGCUGUGCUGAGCAUCCGCUCCAGCUUCACGCAUCCCGUGCACGUGAAGAGCAUCAGCUUCGCCAAGCCGGGUCUACGCUUCAAGGACUUCAAUGCCAAGGGCACAACCAUCGCUGCCCAGACGCUCACCAAGGUGGGUCGCAUCUACUUUGAGCCGACGGCCAUGUGCCAGAGUCAGUGCUACAUUCGUGACUCCACUAACGAUCAGGCCGUGUUCCCCAGCAUACCGGGUGGAGGAUCACUUAGCGGAGAGCCCAGCAGCAUCAACAACAAUCUGCUCUACGAUGGCGUGGAGCUGCGCCAGCGCACGGAGCUCUAUCGGCAGUUCAAGCGGCAGCUGCAGGCCCUCACCCUGACGCUGCACAGCGACGAGCUGCCGCCGCUGGAGCUGGACUUUGCCAUUGCCGUGGAGUGGCCAAAACUGGUGCAAUUCCAGCCCAUACCCCCGACGCCGGCCAUCGAGAUCAGUCAGGUGCAGCGGCAGUGGAUAACGCUGACGAAUCCGUCGCAGCAGCCGCUGCUCCUCGACUACUUUCUGUCGGAUCCGGCCUACGCCAGACGAACACAACUCUCGCUGCCCCACGAGGUGAUCGAUGUCAGCUCCACCAGCUGCUAUCUGACCGAUCGUGAGGUCUUCUCGCUGCCCGAGGCCGGUGGCCCCAUUCUGCUGCCCGGUGGAUCCAGCCUCACCAUUCCAAUCACCUUCAGCGCCUAUCAGCCGGAAAAGUACUGCACCCUACUCCAUGUGAGGAGUAAUCUGACGCUCUACGAGGCUGUCUGGCUGCAGGCACGCGCCGUGCAAUCCCAGUUCCGCUUUGGCAAUCGUCGUCCCGGCUCCCUGACGCCGCUGCUCUUCGAUGUGCCGCCGGAUCAGUUUGCAGACUGCCAGUCCGGCGACAAGGCUGUGGUUACGGUCCGGAGUUUUACGGCUCGCAAUGCGGGCGUCAUACCCAUGAGGAUCGAGGGAUUCCUGAUUGGUUCGCUGCCCUGCGAGGACUACGGCUUCAAGGUGAUGGACUGCGCAGGCUUCGAUCUAGGUGAGAAUGAGACGCGCAAGGUAGAGAUUGCAUUCAGCUCGGACCUAACGACAUCGCGCGUGAAGCGAACGCUGACGCUGAUCACGAAUCUCACCUACGACAUUGGAUACUUUAUGCUCGCCCAAAUGCCGUCCGACAGCGUGGAGCAGUGCGCCGUCCAUUUGGUGCGACCCGUGUGGGAGACAUCGCUGCGCAAUGCUGCACUUGUGGUGCUGCUGGCCAGCUUCUGUCUGGUUUUGGUGGCGGCUGUGUUUGAUUCGAAGGCCAUUAUGACGCAGCAGAGUGCGUACGAUGCGGCGCGGUACAAGGGCCCCGUACAGCCCACUUUUAAUCUGCGGAAUAUUGUAAAGAUGCAGGCCGAGGAGGCGGCAGCCAAAACAGAGGCAGUGCAGCAGCAGCAUCAUCAUCACCAUAACCACCAGCAACAGCAGCGGGCCAGGAAUGGCAACCAAGUGAAGGAAGUGCGUAAGAGGACAUUCAUGGCGCCCACAACUACGACAGCGUCGCGGAAAUCCAAGCCCUCCUGGUCAUCCUGGGGCAUGGACAUGAAUUCCCUUAGCAAGCACUUGCAGAAAGCACCGAAACCAAAGCCCCAAGCCAUAGUAAAUCCCACACCCAAUCCUCCACAGCCCACGCCAGUGCCCGUGGAGUCCGUCAAACCCGCGAAAAAAUCAGCGACGCCAUCACCGCCACAGCCAGCAGCGCCAGUGCGACCCCAGAAAAAGAUCAGACAGACAUCCGUGGUUGUGGCAGCAACAGCAGCUAAGCCCAAGACAGCAGAGCCAUCGCCCAAGACAGCAGAACCAGCGACCAAAGUAGAGCCCAAAGCAGAGCCAUCACCCAAAUCAGAGCCAGCGCCCAGGGCAGAACUAUCACCAAAGGCAGAACCAGUGUCCAAAGCAGACCCUUCACCCAAAGCUGAACCUUCCCCCAAAGCAGAACCCUCGCCUGUGUGUACCCCAGUCGUCCAGGAGGUGCAGGAGAAACCAAUGCCCAAGCCGAGUGCCCCACAGCCAGAGAAUAUAUCGCCCAAACCCGUCAAGAUGCAGGAGCCACGCGUGCUUAAGGAACAGAAUGGAUCGGCCAAGAAGUUGGGCAAGACUCCGGGACGCGAGAGGGAGCGGGAGCGACGCAAGGAACAAAAGGCCACCACCAACGGCACAUCGUCUGUGGGCGCAGUGAGGAAAUCGGAGCGUAAGCAGCGUCAGAAGCAGCUCAACUUUGGCCAAGCCGCAACCAGCACCUCGCCACCAGCCUCGCCGGAUACCAUGAAGUGCAUCACAUCGCCAUGGGAGACCAGCAGUCGGGUGUCGUUCAGGGAUGUGCUACAAACAGCCAGUAGCCAGGCGGCACCAAUGGAUAAUGGAAUACAUUUGGCAGGAGCAGCCACAGCAGCAACGGUGGCACCUCCAGUAGCAGUCGUAGAACAACCAGUGGCAGCACCAGCAGCAGGAGGAGCAUCAGCUGCAUCAUCAAGCGAUCUCGGACCGAUUGGAGGUAGCCGAAAGAACUCGACGCCGCCAGCGAUGACAUCUUUGUGGGAACCCUUGUCGGCCACAGCCAGCAAUUCGCUCUUUGCCAAUGCGGAGAUUGAGCUGCCACCCGUGGAUGAUCUGUACGAGCAGAGGGAACGGGAACGACAGCUGCAACAACAGCAGGUGCAGUGGGAGCGCAGCGAAUUGGUUAUGCAGCAGCAAUUGCUGCUGCAGCAGGCCCAACAAUUGGAGUUGCAGCAGCGGCAGCAGGAACAGCAGCAGAAGCAGCUGCAGCAGGAGAAACUCUUGCUGCUGGCCAAUAUGGAGAGCAACAAUUGGGGUUCGCCCUGGUCGCCGCUGGGCUACGGUGCUUGGCCGGAUCAGCCGACGGGUGUGGUGAAUGUUGUGCGCCCGCCACCGGGUCUCAGUCAGCUGCUGGCCACAUCGCACAACAUUGCACAAGAGCAACAACAGGGGACAGCAGCAGGAGUGGCAGCAGUUGGAGGAAUAGGAAUUGGAGCUGUAGCUGGAGCAGUAGCAGGACCCGGCGAGAGUCUGCCUACUCAAUAUGAUCCAUUCACCUCGCCAAGCUCAAUCUGGUCAGACACCUGGCGUCAGUCUUCGCAACGCAACAACAACCACAACAACAACAAUCACAUGAACUGAGAAGGAGUCGGUGGGAGGAACAAGCUCACAGAUCAAAUAACUGAAAUGAAAUCAACCAAAUGAAAUUCUUACCACAUAAACACAAAACUUAGGCUAUGCGAUAAACGAUGGAUGGAUGGAUGGAUGGAUGAUGAUUAUUAAUAUGAAACAAAACAAGACGAGACGAGGACUAAGACGUAGCUGAUGGAGCAGGGACGAAGCAUGAUCUUUUCCAAUUUGACUUUUGACUAAAUAAACGCAAAGAUAAAAUGACUUUCAUAUUA